AUGAAUUCGAAUGAAGAUCCGGUCGACUACUGCCCGUACCGGGCGAACGUUGGCUGGGGCCAAGUCCAGACACAGGACUUCUCCAAGGUCAACUACUUUCAAGCCUCGGAUGACGAGCUACGGAAUGACGACGACGUAUUCGCCAACGGUCAGGUGUACCCCGCGCAGCCACAAGCUUCAUCAAGUAGCAAGAAGAAGAAGAAGAGCAAAAAGGACAAGAAGGCCGCCGCAGCACCACCAGCCCCGGCCAUUUACGACGAAGCACCAACACCCCCCGAGUACGCCGCACCAGAGACACCACAAGAAACCCCGACGCCUGAACCCGAAGAGGAACCGGAACCUCAGCGCGAGCCAACAAUCCCGGAGGAGCCAGAGCAAGAACCGGAGCCUACGCCUGAGCCUGAGCCCGAGCCCGAAGUCGUUGCAGAGCCGCCGCCCUCGCCACCUUCCAAAAAGUCCAAAGAGUCCGCCAAGGAGGUACCCAAAGAAACAUCAAAGGAAACCUCCAAGAAGAGCAAGAAAGACAAGAAGAAGGACAAAAAGAAGAAGAAGGGCGCCAAGGAGGCUGAGCCGGAGUCGGUUGAGAGUCCCAAGUCCGUUCCCGCGGAAGACGCCAAGCCGCCCAAGAUGGACGAGCCAGAGGUCCCUACUUCCGACCGUAGUCUCGGGGAUCCCAAGGACGACGCCGACAAGGAUGUCUCCAAUGCUGUUCAGAAUGCAGAAGAAGAAGCUCCCUCAGACACUCCAGAUGCUCCUACAGAGCCUUCAGACGCCCCUGCUAGCGACGAGAAGACAGAGAGCAACAUGGAUGCUCCUGUCGACGAUACCAAGCAGGAUGGUGAGGAUGCAGCUCGUACGGACACUCCAGAGGCCCCCACAGAUGCACCAGACGCUCCCGUUGAAGAGGAGAAGAUCGAGAGUACGCCUGAAGCACCCGCCGACGAUGAGAAGCAGGGUGAAGAAACUGUUCCUGCAAAUGCUCCAGAAGCCUCAGAAGCCCCUGUGGCCGACGAGACGUUGGAAGAGGAAAAGGCAGCACCUUCAGAUCCUGUAGAUGCUCCUGUGGAGGAGGAGAAGCAGGAAGCCGAGGAUGCGGCUCCUUUCGACACCCCUGAUGCUCCCGCGGACGCGCCAGAUGCGACAGACGUUCCCGUCGCUGACGAGAAGGUCGAGGCUUCAGAUGCUGCUCCCACAGACAGUCCUGAAGCCGCCGCUUCAGAAGAUGAGGUCCAGGCUGCGAAAGAAGCCCCUGCAGACAGCGCUGAAGCUGCUGUGCCUGAGGAGAAGGCCGAAAACGUCGACGAAUCACCAGCAAAUACCACACCAGAGUCCACACUGGAGUCUACACCGGAGACUUCAGAAGAAAGUACACAGCCGACGGAGCCACCCGCCGCUGAAGUGUCUGAGGACCCUCCAGCUGCCGAUGCCACCGCCAGCGUUCCCGAGGAGGAAUCAGGUGACAAGACCGAGGGUGAUGCGGCGGCUGAGGCUGCUCCUCCACCUGAAGACUCUGCGCCAGCUGAUCCUGCUCCUCCGGCUGAAGAUGCUGCGCCGGUUGAAGAUGCUGAUGAAGCUGCUGCCACUGAACAAGCGGAAACUCAAGAUGCCCCGGCCGUUGACACAACCGAUGAUGUACCGGUUGCCAACGAUGUGCCCAGCAACUCGGAGAAAGCAAGCGACAGGCCUGCCGAGGACGCACCUGCCCCUGAAGAAGCGAAGAGCGAAGAAAUCGAGCCACCCGUUGCCGAAGCUGCCGAGGAAUCACCGGCUGCCGAUACAACGCCCAGCGAUCCCGCAGAAGGAGGAGAGAAGCCCGAAGAGACUGUCGCGGCCGAGGAGACCGUCGCCCCUAAGGACCAAGAGAAGCCAGAAGACGCGGCGGCAGAGGUUGCGGAACCCGAAGCGUCCGCCCCUCCCGAGGAUGAAGCCUCCGCCCAGCCUGAAAAGUCCGCCCCUCCCGAGGAUGAAGCCUCCGCCCAGCCUGAAGAGUCUGCUCCCCCAGACCAGCAAGGCGCCGAGGUCGUCGCCCCCGCGGAGGAAGACAAGGCAGAUGCGGCGGACGAGACUGCAGCUCAGGCAGAUCCUGACACCACACCCGCAACUGCCGAAGAAGAAGCCAAGGACCCGCCCAGCGACACACCUCCAGCGGAACCCAUCAACGAUACAACACCUGAUGAUGCGGCCGUGCCAGUCGAGGCUGCCAGCGAAGAACCAGAUGAGGCUGCUAGCGAGCAGCCAUCCGAGCCUCCCAUUGAUGAAGCGGCACCGGCUGAGACUGCCACCGAGCCAGUCGCCGAGGAGCCAGCGGAAAAGCCUAGCGAUGCUCCUCAAGAGGAAUCUGCCGGUGAAGCUCCUAGCGAACAGCCUGUGGAACCUUCCGGCGAACAGCCAGCUGAGGUUGCAAGCGAGGAGCCAGUCGCGGCUGCCGCUGAGGAGCCGGCUCAGACUCCCGCCGAGCAACCUACCGAUGGACCAACUGAAGCCGCCCCGGAGGAUGGUCCUGGUGAAAAGCCAGCCGAAGACACAGCUGAGGCGCCAGUCGAGACACCGGCUGAAGCACCAGCUGAGGCUCCAGCAGAGGCGCCGGCAGAGACGCCGGCAGAAGCAGCGGCAGAAGCACCGGCUGAGACAGCCGAGGCGGACACCGAGGAGCCCGCCGGUGAGCCUGCCGAUGAGCCUGCCGAGGAUGCCAGCAUCACUCCGGAAGAAGUACCGGCCGCCGAGAUCCAGCCUGAAGACGCAGCCCCAAUUGAGACUCCUGAUCAGCCAUCAACCGAGGAGGCCUCUCCUGAAGAGGAAACCGAGGACAAAGCUGUCGACGCUGCCCCCGAGGCCAAGCCCGAAGAGGAUCCGGUCUCAACGUCCCCUGAUGAGGAAGCAGCACAAGACGCAUCCGUGUCAACUGAAGGUAUGGACCAGUACGAACUGAUUAGCGACGGCAAAGACUUCACCUUUUCGGAAGCGAAUCUCAACACAGAGACCAAGGAUGCUAAGACAGUAACAGAGCCAGUCACGGAAACCGAGGAAGCUGCCACGGAGGAGACCCCUGCCGAUGUUCCCGCCGACGCACCAGUGGAGCCCACUCCCGCUGCGGACGCGGACGCCGCGGCCGAACCGGAACCAACUCCGGAAGCCGAGAUUGCGGCCGAUGCGCCCGCAGAGCCUGCCGAACCUGCCGAAACUCAGACUCCGGAUGAUGCCAAAGCCGAGGAAACAGCCGAGCCUGAACUCACUACUCAGGAGGACGACAUUCCAGAGCCUGCCGUCGAGCAAAGUAGCGAGGAAGCCCCGGUCGCCGUGCCGGAGCCCGCCCCCGAGAGCACCGAAGCGGAGACCGCUGAGACCGCGGAGACCGCGCCCAAGCCGGACAGCCAAGAUGAAGUGGCGGGGGCCACCGCUGAAGCAGACUCGACGCCGGAAGAAAGCAAGGCUGAAGCGACCGAGACCGAGGCCGCUCCACAGCCCGAGGCUUCCGACCCUGAGCCAGAAGUCGUUGAUACGCCGGCGGAAGAGACCAAGGACGAGGGUGACGAUGCUCACAAGCCCACUGAUGAGCCAGCUGCGGAACCGGCCACUGCUGAUGAGGCUGCUGUCGUUGACGAGAGCCCCACCGAGGAGGUUCCGGUUGUUGACGACGGCGAGACCCCAGCUGCAGAGGAAGCGCCCACAACAGCACCUCCUGCGGAAGAAGCUGUCAGUGCUGAGCAGGCUCAAGAGAGUCCUUCUGACGCCCAGCCCGCCGAGGAAAGCGUUGCGGACCAGCCUGCAACUGCCGAAGACAAGCAAGAAGAUGCAGUGCCAGCACCCGACGCGGCCGAAGAGGUAGCUCAACCCGAUGCACCUGCUCCAGAGACUGAAGAGACCCCUGCGAGUGAAGAACAAGCCAAAGACAGUCCCGCCGACGGCGACGCAGCCCAACCAAGCAAUGUCGAAGAGGAACAACCCGCAGCAACCGAUCCACCUGCAGCAGAGGAGACCGCGGAAGACAAGCCUGUUGUCGAGGCUCAGCCUGAAGAAGCCGCCGCUCCAGCAGAAGAUACCCAAACCGAGAGCGAAGAUGCCCCCGCCCCUGCUCCUUCAGACGAACAACCUGAUAUUUCUGCCGAAGAACCCAAGGAAGUCUCUGCUGAAGGCGAGGCCGCUCUUGAAACUCAGGAAAGCCCCGUCGGCGAUGAGGUCGAAAAAGCAGUUGUUCAAGAGCAAGAUACCCAGCCAGACUCUUCUGCAGACACAGCUGAGGCACCAGCUGAGGCACCACAAACAGACGAGGCAAAGGAACCCGAGAGUGAUCCUGUAGCUGAGCCUGUUGAAGCCAGCGAACCGGAACAGCCCGUUGAAGCUAGCGGAUCCGAGGAACCGGCGGCCGAAGCCGGCGAGGCCAGUGAAACUGCGCCCGAGCCUGCCGAGCCCGUCGAAUCUGAGCAACCUGCAGCGGAGACGGCUGAGACGGCUGAAGCUGAGCAGCCUGCCCUGGAGCCCGUCGAGGCCACAGAGGCAGAGCAAGCUGCGCCUGAACCUCAAGAACAACCGGCUGAGUCCAGCGAGCCUUCCACGCAGCCCGAGGCCGACCCGGUCGAGCCGAGUGAGGCUGUGGCAAGCCCUCAUGAGGGCGAGGAAGCUCCUGCGGAACCUGUCGCGGCCGAACCUACUGCUGAGCCUGUUGCUGAGUCUGUUGCUGAGCCUGUUGCUGAGCCUGCUACUGAGCCUGUUGCUGAGCCUGCUACUGAGCCUGAUGCGACUGAAGAGCCUCCUGCGGCCGAGCCUGUUGCAGAAGAGCCCGCCGCCGAGCCUGCCACGGCUGAGGAAACACCUGCCGAGCCUGCUCCCGCCGAAGAGCCACAAGCCGAGCCAGUCGCAGAAGAGCCUUCUGCUGAGCCUGUUGCGUCUGAGGAUGCCUCUGCUGAGCAAGUUACAGACGAACCUCCUGCUGAGCCUGCUACUGAGCCUACUGCAGCAGAAGAAACUCCUGCUGAACCAGCGCCAGAGGAGGUCGCUGCAGCAGAAGAAACCCCAGCUGAACCGGUUACAGAGGAUGCUGCUGCUGAGCCUGCUUCGACCAAAGAACCUCCUACCGAGCCUGCUUCUGAUGCUGCAGCUGAAGAAGCACCAGCUACUGAGCCAGCGGCUCCCGAAGAAACUCCAGCCGAACCAGUUACGGAGGAACCAGCUGUUGAGUCUGCGGCGCCCGAUGAACCUUUCGCUGAGCCAGCCAUCACUGAGGAACCAUCCGUAGAACCAGUUGCUGCUGAUGAGGAGCCUGCUGCCGAGCCUGCUGCUGCCGAGCCUGCUGCUGCCGAGCCUGCUGCUGCCGAGCCUGCUGCGGCCGAGGAGCCUGCGGCUGCUGAGCCCGAGGCGGAAGCACCCCAAGCUGAACCAGUCGCACCUGAGGAGGCACCUGCCGAGCCGGCUGCGAGCGAAGAACCUCCUGUUGACCCUCCGGCUGCCGAAGAAGCUCCCGCCGCCGAGGACGCUCCCGCCGCUGAGGACGCUCCCGCUGCUGUGGAGGCACCCGCUGCUGAGGACGCUCCUGCCCCUGAAGAAGCGCCGGCCCCAGAAGAAGCUCCCGUUGCCGAGAACGCGGCUGCUGAAGAAGCUCCUGUCGCGGAUGAGGCUCCCGCCUCUGAAGAUGCUCCCGUUAUUGAGGAGGCUUCCGUCCCCGAAGAGACUCCUGCUCCUGAAGAAGCGCCGGCCCCUGAAGAAGCUCCCGUUGCCGAGAAAGCGGCCGCUGAAGAAGUACCUGCUACGGAGGAGGCUCCAGCUGCUGAAGAUGCCCCGGUCGCUGAUGAAGCCCCAGACGCUGAAGAACCGGCUGCUGAAGAGGUUGUGGCUACUGAGGAAGCUCCAGCUGAACCUUCUGCGGUCGAAGAACCUGCUGCUGCAGAAAAUGCCGCUGAAGACCCUGCGGCCGAACCUGCUGCUGAGGAAGCCCCAGUCAUUGAAGAGCCUGCUGCUGAACAAGCCCCUGUCGCCGAGGAGCCGGCUGUUGAAGAGGCUCCCGCUGAACCUGCUCCAGCUGAGGAACCUGCUCCGGCUGAGGAACCUGCUCCAGCUGAGGAACCUGCUGCCGAAGAAGCUGCUGCCGAAGAAGCCCCUGUUGCUGAGGAACAGGUUGCUGAAGAAGCUCCCGCUGAACCUGCUCCAGCUAAGGAACCUGCGGCUGACCCCGAAGCGGAACCCGCGACAGAGGAUAGUCAUGCAGCUGAGAUUGCCGCAGGAAUUGCGGUUGCCGCUGCUGGAGCGACUGCUGCGGCUGUUGUGGCUGAUAAGUCUGCGCCGGAAGGAGAGAAGACGCGAGGUUUGGAUGUUGAGGAGAGCAAGGACUCGGUGCCGCCGAUUCCUAGUGAAGAGAAACCAGGUGAGAAUACCCCUCCUUCCCCCGAUUCCCCCGAUGGAGAUGCACGGGAAGGACCGGAUGGAGAGAAUCCCGAAGACGCCGCCAAGGAUGUCCCGGAGGAUGCCCCGAACACCGAGGAAGACGAUGCCGCACCGGAGCCCACUGGAGAGGAGACCGAAGUCCCAGCUGGAGAGGCCGCCGACCCGGAUGCCCCCGAGGCACAACCACAAGAAAGCGAUGGCGCGCCGCCAGCCGAAGAAGAGAUUUCACCGCAAGAGGACUUGACGACGACCGCUGAAGAGCCUGGGCCAGAGCCAAGCUCGCCUGAAGAUGAAGACGCCGCUCCUGUCGAACAGACCGAGCCCGAACCCGCGCCCGAGCAAGCCGAGCCUCAAGAACCUGAACAGGUCGAACAAGAGCCCGAGAACGUCGAACAAGAACCGGAACAAGCUGAGCCACAAGAGCCUGAGCCUGCCGAGCCCGUCGAGGCUGUCGAGUCCCCUGAGCCUGUCGAGUCCGCUGAGCCUGCUGAGACUGCUGAGCCGCAAGAACCUGAACCAGGACCUGAGCAAGCCCAGCCACAAGAGCCCGAGAACGUCGAACAAGCAGCUGAAGAAGUUGAGCCGCAAGAUCCCGAGCCAGAACCCGAGCAAGAGGCCGAACAAGUCGAACAAGAGCCAGAAGCAGUCGAGGUACAAGAGCCUGACCCCGUCGAACCGCCAGAGGACCAGGCAUCUGUCGAAGAAGACAGUUCCCCUGCCGAAGACAGUUCCCCUGCCGAAGCCAGUCCUGUUGAAGAUGCACCAGAAGAAUCUAAAAAGAAUGCUCCAGACGACGAUGAUACAGAUGCUGCCAUCACAGGAGUUGCAGCCGUCGGUGUUGCUUGCGCCGCUGGCCUGGUAGCCGUAGAUCAACUCGGCAAGGACUCCGACGAAACCAUUUCACGCCGCGGUUCUUCAGACAAGCUCACACAGACUCUUGACGGCAACAUUCCAAUGUCAGGGUCCGCUACUCUUGCGGGAUCCAAGCCAGAAGACGUCGACGUGGAUGCCAACUUCAGCCCGGUGGAGAAGGAAGGGUUUUCAGAUCAAGGCACGCAAACAGACAGCAGCUCCGUCUUUGGCUUCAGGCCCUCGACUCCAGCUGUGAUUCUACCUGAUCUUUGCGAUCCUUCAUCACCAGCCUCCAGGGCGAGGGCAAAGGCACUCAGGCGGCAACGCAAGCUCUCGGUUGCUCGGGCCGAAGAACUUGUAGCAGCGGCUGUGAUUAUCUAUGCUACGGCCCAGACUCUCAGCCCUCCGAACAGCCCCUCCUCCCAGGACAGCUCACAGCUCAUCAAGGCUAUGCCCAGCCUGGACCAACAAUUGAAGAUGAAGCCAAAGAAGGCUCGAGCAUUCUUCUCGCGGGUCCUACCAAGCCUUCUUUCCAGACGCAGGAGUACUACCACUAAGGGAGCGGAUACAGUGAAUGAAUUUGGUGCUAACCAGUUUAUAGAAAGAAAAGAAGAGCGCGACAAGCACCGCCGACACCGCCGCUCUUCCCACUCUUCCCACCAUCCAUCUUCAUACUCCAGUCGUCGGGCUGAGGAGGAAGGUCGCGACAGCAGUCGCCGCCAUUCGUCUCACUCCCACCAAUCCACUCAUCGCCGUCACCGCACCGACAGCGAUCGAUCAUCUUACCGAUCUCGCGACACGGCUCCAAGCACGCCCCCGAGAACGCCCAAGAGACAAGACAGUGGCUUCUCGGAAAGCCCGCAGACACAGACCACCACCCGCCGCCGCCGUCACAGCGAGCGAAGCGAGGGUCGCAGUGAGCAUACGGAGAGAAGCGAGAGACGUUCUGAGCGCACUCCUGAGGAGCAAGCAGCUCAUGAUAGAAGAAAAGAAGAGCGAAGACUUGCAAGAGACAAGGAACGCGCUCGCGAGCGCGAGGCCGAGCUCGAACGGGAGAGGGAGCAAGAGCAAAGAGAUAGAGAGAGAGACAGAGAACGAAGAAGAGAGAAGGAACGGCAGCGCGAGCGUGAGCGGGAGAGGGAGCAAGAGGAAAAGGAGAGAGAGCGCCGUCGCAGCACCAAGGGUAAGGAGCCAGAGAUGCUCGACAGGUCACAAGAACCCAUGGAGCGCAGCCACCGCCGUUCUUCUCGCCGUCACAGUACCUCGGAGCACAACCGCCCCGAACGCGCUAUCCCGGAGCGCACCUCCAGCAAGCGAGAACGCCGAGAUGUGCGAGAACCCUCGUCGGACAGGACAGGGCCAAGACGAUUCUUCAGCGUCAGAAACCGAGAAGGUACGGCUUCAUCGGCAGCAGCCCCCCCUCAGGAUCCCCCCCUUGCCAAGGACGACAUGCCAAUGGAUGACGACGCAGGACACCAAGACGCAGCGGCGACUCGCGACAUUCCUAAUCGGACAGACACCACGCGUUCCAGGCACCGUCACCGCCGCCAUUCCGAAGACGGCAGCGGCAGGGCUAAGCUCCAGAAAGUGCGUGACCAGGUCGCCGAGGAGGCCAGGCGAGUGGCAGAGGAGAAGCCCCGCUCGAAGCAUUCUUCUCAUCAUUCCCACGCCAGUCCGGACGACUCUCGUCGCAGAGCUCGCGAGGAGGGCAGGAAGAAGACGAGAGAUGUUGAGAAGGAGCGGGAGAAGGAGAAGUCUGGCGGCAUCAAGGGCAUGUUCAAGAAAUUGUUCAACUGA